AUGCCACUGAUUCGGAUGUUUCCCGACGAUUCCAUGUGCCCGCCAACGGUGGUUCUGUCGACUAAUGCUCGGUACGAUCCCCACUAUCAUACUAGGAUAGGCGCUGCACUGCGAUUUCUCCGGAAAGAAGGUUUUCUCUUUGUUGGCACGGUUCAUAACCUCUUUCGUAAUGUCUGGGGCGACAUGAUUCGAUACCGCGACUCUCUCAGUCAAAGAGCGCCGCCUCAGGCUUGGGCUUUAGACUUUCGCCAGGCAGUUGAGGAUGUCAUCACUAGGAACUUGGGACCUAAGCUACGAGCUGAUGUGGUGCGAUUGAUGAAACACCAAACAUACCGUGAAGCACAUGCCUCAGAUGAACAUUUCGCUCCAGUCUUGUUCGUCGCUGGUGCUGCUGGAGUCUGGGAGGAUGUGGGGAUAAAGAAUGUGUUAGGGGCGCAAUCCUGGGAGUUGACCAACAUUUGUAAUUCCCAAUUCACGUUGGGGGAGAAUACACAACAACACGGUGGAAUCACCCAUCAGGUAUCAAGGUCACGGACAAGUGAAGUUCGGUCUGAGGUGGGCACGAAUGACUGCGAAUUCCUAGACAGCUGGUACUCAUAA